AUGCGAAGCCCAGGGGAGGGUUAGUAGUGUGAGCCUUCAAAACAUUAAUUGAAAACGAAAAGCCUUAAUAGUGAAGUAAAAGAAUUAGAAGUGCCCUCUUUCUUCUUUUUCACACUCAUUUGCAUUUCAUUUUCAUUUCAUUUUUCAUUUGCAUUUCAUUUCACUCAUUGAAGAAGAAGAAAGAUGUGGCCUGCGAUUAUCGGUGGUUUGAUUAUUUACAAAUUGUUUAAAUUUUUCUUUUACGACGACGACGUUUUGGACAUUGAAUCUUCUGAUUCCACCGCUCUUUUCGCCGUCGCCGAUAGACUUGAAAAGGUUUAUGGAGGAAAGGUUUUUGCGGGUCUUCGAAUUCCCGAUGCUGAUUCUGCUUCACCACAGACCAUUGAUCUUGUUCUUGUCACUAAACGAGAGCUACUAGUGAUGUCUGUGAAGAACUUCUCAGGAAUUUUGACAGUUCAUGGUGAUGGUAGUUGGGUCUGUGAAAAGCCAGGCAAACAUAAAGUUGAGCGUUAUACUGAUCCUGUGGAAGAAGUAAGAAAGCAAGCUUCUAUCCUUGAAUCCUAUCUUGAACAAAGAGGAGUUGUUCUACCUAAAGGAUAUUUAACUUGUAAAGUUAUACUUCCAAAUCCUAAAUUAUGUACCUUUCCUGCUAGUGAUUUUCCAUCUGAAGUUAUUACUCAUGAGCAAUUGGUGCAACUGAAGCCAGGAACAAAGAGUGUGUUAUCUAGUUGGGUAAAGAGUGCAUUUCUUUGUGGCAAAAAGGAUACGCAAGAAUCUAGUGAUCAGAAUCUUGAAUUUGUCCUUAGCACAGCUCCAAUAUGGGAUAGGUUGGAACUGAAAGGCAACAGGUAUGUAUUGGGGGAGUUCCUGGAAUUUAAGGGCAAGGAGGACGAUAUUGAUUCUUUAAGAAAAAUCAAAAGAUCAAAAGUUGGUCACAUGAUAAUCCAAAAGACAAGCAUGUUUGGACUAGCUCCUUCUACGCUUCAAGUUUUAUACACUUUGCGUGACUAUAGAACUGAGGGAGCAUCAUCACCAGAGUGGAUGGAAGUAACCGUUAGAUCACAUACUGAGAUAAUCUUUCAGGUCGAAAAUCCUUCCAAGAUCAAAAAGUUUAAGCUCUCUUCAGUGUGCUCUAUGCAUCUUAGCGCAUAAAGUUGCCCAAAACUGAAGUAUCAAUAACAGUGAAGUGCCGGUUUUCUCGACAUACAAAAUACUAUUUUGUGCUUGUAUCAUGUAUAUAUCAAUAUAAUUAACAGUUUUAUUCUCAUGAUCUGAGGUUGGUUAAGGUUUAGUCCCAUAUACAGACACAUAAUGAGUGUAACCUUUUCAAAUUCUAUGGUGACUCAAAAAUGAUUAAUGUGAUAAAUUAGUGAUUUUCUUA